CUUAGGAAGCACUAAAGCAUUAGACAUGAUGAUUUAACACAGAAAUGUAAGACAAAGUAUAAUAAGUAAUGAGUUCAGUUCUGUUUCUGAAGAGAAAUGUCAUUAUUUUCAUCUUUAAGCCUCAGUAUGAACUUUUCUAAAACAAUCAGUUAUUCUAAAAGCCAUCUCUGUUUCUUCUUUCAGUUCCAGCAUGAAGAAACUGUGCACUUUGUGCCUGCCACUAAUACACCUGAUGUCCCUGUCAACGUCUACCCCGACCGAGUACAGCCCUGGGUACUACCCCGAGUACAACCCUGGGUACCAGAUUGUGUACUACCCCGAGUACAACCCUGUGUCCCAACCUGAGUACUACCCCAAGUAUAACCCUGAGUAUUACCCCAUGUACUACCCCGAGUACAGCCCUGAGUACUACCAGUUCCUGCCACCCGACUUCUACCCCAAACCCCCAACGAUGGAGAUUGUUGAAGAAGUCUGCUUCCUCCCUUCACCACAGCCUCCUCACAACCAUCAGCCAAUUCUGCCUGAAAGGAAGAGCACACUGAUUACAAGUCAGGACCCCAAUAAUGGUGGCCAAGACAUUAUGGUCAAAGGGCUUCUGAGAGGAACAGCCAUGUAUCUACCCAAGAACGUGUUUCCACCCAAGAGCGUGUCUGUACCCCAACAUGUGUCUCCACCUGAAUCUGCAUCUCUGCUCAAACCUGCAUCUCCCCCUGAACCCGUGUCUCCUCCCGAACCUGCAUCUCCCCCCGAACCUGCAUCUCCCCCCGAACCUGCAUCUCCCCCUGAACCCGUGUCUCCCCCCGAACCUGCAUCUCCCCCUGAAACCGUGUCUCCCCCCGAACCUGCAUCUCCACCUGAACCCGUGUCUCCACCCAAACCUGCAUCUCUUCCUGAACCUGUGUCUCCACUCGAACCUGCAUCUCCCCCUGAACCCGUGUCUCCACCCUUCAGACCUGCAUCUCCCAUUGAACCUGUGUCUCCCCCCGAACCUGCAUCUCCACCUGAACCCGUGUCUCCACCCAAACCUGCAUCUCUUCCUGAACCUGUGUCUCCACUCGAACCUGCAUCUCCCCCUGAACCCGUGUCUCCACCCUUCAGACCUGCAUCUCCCAUUGAACCUGUGUCUCCACCCCAACCCGUGCCUCCACUUGAGACCAUGUCACAACUGGAGCCUGUGCAGACAGAUACUGCAAACACAAAGUUCCAGCCGGAAGAAACUGUGCACUUUGUGCCUGCGACUAUUACACCUGACUUCGAAGAUGUCCCUGACAACCUCUACCCCGAGUACAACCCUAUGUACUACCCCGAGUACUACCAGUUCCUGCCACCCGAAUUCUACCCCAAACCCCUAAAGGUUGAGACUGUUGAAGAAGUCUGCUUCCUCUCAUCACCACAGCCUCCUCACAACCACCAGCCAAUUCUGCCUGAAAGGAAGCAAACACUGAUUACAAAUCAGGACCUCAAUGAUGGUGGCCGAGACAUUAUGGUCAACGGGCUUCUGGGAGAAACGGCCAUGUAUCCACCCAAGAACGUGUUUCCACCAGAGAACGUGUCUGUACCCCAACAUGUGUCUCCACCCGAACCUGCAUUUCUGCUCAAACCUGUGUCUCCACCCGAACCUGUGCCUCCACCCGAACCUGUGCCUCCACCUAAGCUCAUAAAGGCUAAAGGAUAUGGAUAUAUAACAUAUGAAUGGGAAGGUUGUGGAAACGGACCUGCUGAAUAUUUCUCUAGGAGAAGAUGAGACGCGGCUGAAACAGAAACACAUGGCAGAGUUAUAACGAAGAUUCAAAGUGGUUCUGGCUGCGGACAUGAUCCCGAAUAAGACUGAAUAAAAUUACACCUUUUAAAUGUUGCAGAAAUGGUGUGAGUUUUUAAUCACACU